CUAACGGCCCAGUAUCCAUCCCAUUUCCUUCACCUGGUAAAAUGUUUCAGACCAGACACUCUAUCCAGACAUCUGUUACUAGUUUUGUAUUUGUUACACACACACACCCCGAAUCAAUUGGCUUCUAAAUAGCUUACACUUGCUUGGCUACAAAACGGCCACGUUUCAUUUUCAUCCUCCUUUAAACCCUCUAAAUCUGUCACCUGUCAUUGCAACCCCUCUAAAUCAGCCAUUUCUCUUCCUCCCAAUUUCAUGUGGCUCACAUCUUUCCUCCAGUAGUCCAAAAUCCCUCGUCUGCUUAUCUUCUUUCUCUUCUUUCAUUCCCUGAAACAAAAAAGAAUCAAAAUCUCUAAUCUUUCUUCCUGAUUAUCUUUUCUGAAGAAGAAAAAAUCACUUUAACACAAAAUGUCAGGUGGGGUUGGUCCAACUGGAAAUGAUAUAACUCUCCCUAAAGAUGAUGAAGCCAAACCCACUGCCACCGCCUCCGCCACUGCCACUGCUACUUCUGGUAAAUCUGCCGGUUUUCUCAGCUUUCGCCAACUUAAUGCCUUGGCUGUCAUCAUUGUUCUCUCAGCCAGUGGCAUGGUAAGUCCUGAGGACUUUGCCUUUGUCAUUUUUUCUGUCAUUUACGUCUACUUCCUCGCAAAAGUUGCCUUCCCAACUCUCAGUUCUUCAUCAGAGCCACCAGUUUUCGAUCCCAAAAACAGAACCCUUCGCCUCUACGUCUGGGCUGCCGCCAUCAUCGGCCUUUUUCUCCCCAUAGCUUAUAUUUUCGAAGGCAUAUUUGAGGGUGAUAAAGAAGGUAUCAGAGCUGCAGCACCCCAUGUUUUCCUUCUUUCAAGCCAAGUUUUCAUGGAAGGACUGGUCUUCUCACACAGGUUUUCUACACCUCUACGCGUCUUUGUGCCGGUUUUCUAUAAUUCCCGGAGAAUUUUCACACUUGUGGACUGGCUCAAGAGUGAGAUUUCCAAGGUUGAAGAUGAGUAUGGAGGAUCUACAAGAAGACUGCAUGUUGGGAGAGCACUUGCCGCCAUUAAUAUGGCCUUGUGGUGCUUCAAUCUAUUUGGGUUCUUGCUGCCCUUUUAUCUUCCCAAAGCUUUUAAGAAAUACUACUCUGGGUUCAAGGUCAAAGACUGACGCAUCAGCUUUCCCUUCAAACACCGGAACUUCAAGAUAAACAAAUAAGAAUAGUUAUACUUUGUGCCUAUUUUUAUUUAGGUUAUGGUGUAUUUUCAACUCCUUGUUAUAUUAGAUUUUGAGAGUAAUAGAGUGAUUUUACUUCUCUA